UAAUUACACUGCUCUCUACUUUUGUAAAGUCUCUUAUAAGAUCUUAUUAUUCACAUUAAUUGCUUGAUUAACUGUGUCACUGUUAAAAGAUCUUUUACAAUGUCUGUCGUGAACAGUAAAAAUAAAGAAAUAAAUGCAUUAAGAAUUCAUUAUCCAUGCUUAAAAUCUAAUGAACCACUGGCCAAGACUGUUGUUAUUUUGAGAAUAAAGGUUAUAAAAGCAGAAACAACAGGACAAGGAAAGCAGAAGUUUCAAGCAAAUUUAAUGUUUAUCACAAGGAUAAUAUAAGGCUGAUAACAUUUAUUCCAAGGAUAAUACAAAAAGAAAACCCCAUCAAAACUGACUUAUUCAUUACUAAAAUAAUAUAAAAAUUACCAAUGGAAGCUUUCAAUACCCAUGGUCUCGUUAACAGAAUAGUGGAUAGAUUGCCUUCAAAACAGCUCUUGGUUCGUUAUGACAAUGUAGAAAUUGAACCAGGAAUGACAAUUACACCCUCUCAGUCAAGAAAUCCACCUAAAAUUUUAUUUGAUUCCCACCCAAGAGAGUAUUAUACACUCAUAAUGAAUGAUCCAGAUUCUCCAAGUCGAAAUGAUCCCAAGUUUAGUGAGUUUCACCAUUGGCUUGUGGUCAAUAUCCGUGAAGGGGAUGUCUCUAAAGGGGAGACGAUGUCUGAAUAUAUUGGACCACUGCCAGGAAAAGGUUCAGGCCACCACCGUUACGUAUUCGUGUUAUACAAACAACCUAAUGGCAGAAUGGACUUUCCUGGACUGAAAAAAUUAACAAACAACAGUGCAGAAGGUAGACCUAACUACAGGAUGAGAGAUUUUGCUCGUAAAUACCAUCUGCAGGAUGCAAUCUAUGGGAACUUUUUUCAGGCUGAAUGGGAUGAAAGUGUACCCAAGCUGCAGGAACAAAUUAAAAUGCAAAGCUAAAUAUUGAUUUGAUAUAAGAACAGUCAAAAAGAACAUUACUUUCAGUUGUUACUAACGAAAAAAAUACAAAAAAUAAAAUUUUAAUGAUUUUUAAGCUACUAAAAUAUAUUUUGCUCAUUAUAAAUGUCACAGGAAACACUAUACAAUAAAGAGAAAUAUGUUUUGAAGUAAGAAGAUACUUUUAACUGUUUAAUUCACUUCUAGCAAUUCGCAUUAAAAUAUUUGCACAUUAGACAAAAUACUUUACAGAACAUUAACUAUAAAUAUUCAUUUGGCAAAAAAUGUAUUUCGUUUUCUCCAAGUUCUGUAACCCUUUAACAUUCAUAUUACUCUGGCAAACAUGAUACUUAUUCAUUCAAAUCAUUUUAAAUUAAUCAUACAUUAUCUCAAAACUUGAUUGUAUAUUUUUAGAAUGACAUUGUAGGGUAGGCGUGAGAGGCUGGAUCUGGCCAGUUUGAGCAUAAAAGAGGUAGAAUAUUUGAUUCUGGAUAUGGCCACAUUAAAUGCUAAAUGGUUAGAACCAUUCUACCAGGGACAAACCUCUUUUGGUUCUUUGAUUCAAAGUAGCCAGUUACAAAAUGUUUGUCUCAAUAUUAAAUCUUUCCAUAAUAGUUUUUUUUAAUUUUUAUUUUUUUCUAAGAACCCUCUGUUAAUU